UCUAGCGCGUAUUGUAUUUGUUUUGUCGCGAAAUGAACUCAGAAAUCAAAUAGUCGCAGUAUCUGUGGGUAAACAAAGUGAUAAAGCGUGAAAUGUGUCAGCUGGUGGGCGAAGAAGCUGCCGAGAAACUGUUUUAGUCAAGGCCAUGGAUCAUUGACUGUUGACACUCUGGACAUCUGAAAUCCCCAAUCCCCGCCAGGCCAUGUUGGAGCCAACGCUGACGCCCGAUCUGGAGGAGGGCAUCGCCGGGCUCAGUCUAGACGAUGUGGACGUGGACUCGGUGCCGGAGCGCAAGCCGCACUUCCUGGACUACGAUGCAGUGCCUCCGCCGGACUACGAGGAUGGCUUCGGGGCCAGCUCCGGAGAGCAACUGAAGAUGGACAAGAAGUACGAGCGCGAUGGCGAAGUCAGCGACUAUGAGCUGGCCGCCAGUGGCUACACGAAGAAGGAGUUCACCCAGGACGACAACACCCUGCACUUCACCCAGAGUGGAGCAGGAUUAGUAUCUGGGGCCGUGGGCAAGAAGCCGACGACCAAGCAUUUCCUGGACGAGAACCCCAUUCCGCCGGACUAUAUGCUGGCCCAGGAGCUCCGCGAAAUGAGGGAGCACCGCAGCCUGGAUAGAAACUUUGAGCGGCAGUCGGCUCAGCAGCAGCAGCUAGAGGAAUUGCCCACCAGGAACGGAGGCGGAUCUCCAGCCAGCGCAGGUCGCCCCUCUCGCAGCAAGGAACCAUCUUACACGCUCUCCCGGUUCCUGGAUGGGGAUUCGCCUGCUCCUGCUCCGAGGUUGCCCAAAGGUGCAGCCUGGACCACAAGCUUUGAUGAGCGGUACAGCUCUUCGGCAGUGGACGCCACAUUGGGUUCCAAGGUGGAGUGUGUGUAUUCACUGCUCUCCAUGCUGGGCUCCAACGAUCCGCUAGAGAUGGCCAAGAAGUUCUUGGAGCUAUCGGGAAAUGCUCAAAGCUGCGCCACCCUAAGACGAUCAGGCUGCAUGCCCCUCCUUGUGCAGAUGAUGCACGCCCCGGACAACGACCAGGAGGUGAGGAAGUGUGCCGGACAGGCACUGCACAAUGUGGUGCACAGUCACCCGGACGAGAAAGCCGGAAGGCGGGAAGCCAAGGUGUUGCGUCUGCUUGACCAGAUCGUGGACUACUGCUCCUUCCUAAAGACGCUGCUCCAGAGCGGCGGAGAGGCCAUUGCCGACGACUCCGAUCGCCAUCCGCUGGCCGCGAUCUCAUCGCUGAUGAAGGUUAGCUUCGACGAGGAGCACCGGCAUGCCAUGUGCGAGCUGGGCGCGCUGCAUGCGAUCCCCAACCUGGUGCAUCUGGAUCACGCUGUCCACGGACCAAAGCCGGAGGAUCAGUGCUGCAACUCACUCCGGAGAUAUGCCUUGAUGGCUCUGACUAAUUUGACCUUUGGGGAUGAGAACAACAAGGCGCUGCUGUGCGGACAGAAGCAGUUUAUGGAGGCCCUGGUGGCCCAACUGGACUCAGCUCCAGACGAUCUGCUACAGGUGACGGCCAGCGUGCUGCGCAAUCUCUCUUGGCGGGCGGACAGCAACAUGAAGGCGGUGCUGAAUGAGAUUGGAACGGUGACGGCGCUGGCCUUGGCAGCCAUGCGAAACAGGAGUGAGAACACCCUGAAGGCCAUCCUUUCGGCCCUGUGGAACCUCUCGGCGCACUGCAGCACCAACAAGGCGGAAUUCUGCGCGGUGGAUGGAGCUUUGGCCUUCCUGGUUGGAAUGCUGAGUUACGAGGGUCCCAGUAAAACGCUAAAGAUCAUCGAGAAUGCGGGUGGCAUCCUGCGGAAUGUGUCCAGCCACAUUGCGGUGUGUGAGCCGUAUCGACAAAUCCUACGCCAGCACAACUGUCUGGCCAUUCUGCUGCAGCAACUGAAGUCCGAGAGCCUGACGGUGGUUAGCAACUCCUGUGGAACUCUGUGGAAUCUGUCAGCUCGUUCGCCCGAGGAUCAAAAGUUUCUGUGGGACAAUGGAGCGGUGCCCAUGUUGCGUUCGUUGAUCCACUCCAAGCACGCCAUGAUCUCAGAGGGCAGCUCCUCGGCCUUGAAGAACCUAUUGAACUUUCGACCUGCUGUCCAAAAUCAUCACCAGCUAGACCCCAUUGCCCGUUCCAUGGGCCUGAAGGCAUUGCCCACUUUGGAGGCGCGAAAGGCCAAGGCACUGCAGCAGGAACUGGGUGAGCGGCACACAGCGGAGACGUGUGACAAUCUCGACACGGGUGGCAAGCUGGCCAAGGAAAGGGCUUCCAGUUCAUCCAGACGUCAUCCGGCUGCGCCACGCCUAACACGCUCGGCAAUGCUAACGAAGAGCGAGAGCAGGGAUUCUGUUUACUCGGCCAAGUCGGACUGCGCUUACGAUCACCUAAUCCGUUCCGCAUCAGCCUCGGAUGCCCAUCGCAAAGUGAAGCCCAAGAUCACGGACUUCGAUCUGGAAAUGGAACAGGAUGUAGAGGCAACCGAGGAACAGCCCAUUGACUACUCGGUCAAGUACAGCGAGAGUGCCACCAAAACCUCGACAUAUCAGGAAACGGACCUCGAUCAGCCCACAGACUUCAGCCUUCGCUAUGCGGAGAACCAAAUUGAAUCCGACCUGGACAUAUCAGGAUCAGCAGGGGCGCAGAAAAGUACCAUUACCCCUCCUGCUGAAACAGUUCCAGUAAAAUCAGAAGGCCAAGAGAUCCUGCUGAUUCUAGACGACAGUGUCAAAUGCUAUCAAACCGAGGAUACCCCCUAUGUUAUAUCCAAUGCAGCUUCCGUAACGGACCUACGAGUCACUGCUAAAACUGAAGCAGAUGUGAAACCGGAAGCUAGGGAGGUGGCUUCCAAGGAAGGGGCUCCCAAGAAGCUGCCCAAGCUAUCGCAGUGCGGAUCUGGUUCGUAUACUCCAGAGAAACCCAUUAAUUACUGCGAGGAGGGAACACCCGGUUACUUUAGUCGAUACGAUUCCCUUAGUAGCUUGGAUGAGUCCGGUAAAGCUAACCAGGCAACUGUGGGAAACGAAGCUGAAAUCAAACCCAAAUCAGAAAAGCAGGAGGAUCAGGAAGCCCAACCAACAGAGCAGGUCCUGGUCAAACCCCCCACCCAGGCUAAUUCGGCGUUGGAAACCCCUCUAAUGUUUUCCCGUCGCAGUUCCAUGGAUUCCCUAGUCCACGAUCCGGAUGUUGAUGUGGCCAACUGCGAUGACAAGAGCUCGGUGGUUAGUGACUUUAGUCGCCUGGCCAGCGGGGUGAUUUCCCCAUCCGAGAUUCCGGAUUCCCCCACGCAAAGCAUGCCACAAUCGCCGAGGCGAAACAGUGUGGCUGGGUCGGGACCCAAUGUGGAUUCGCCACCAGCUGCAAUCCCGGCCAGCCUGCAACCAUUGCGUAGCGUCUUCGAGGAUGAUUUAAGCAGCUUCAACGUAGAGCAUACACCUGCUCAGUUCUCCACGGCCACCAGUUUGAGCAACCUGAGCAUAGUGGAUGACGAAAAAGCGCCAGCUAGUGUGGCAGAGGAAGACAACGAAGAUGAGCUGCUCUUGGCCAACUGCAUCAACAUGGGCAUGCAACGCAAGCCAACUGAGGUGGCGAAGUCGGCAGUUGUUAACACAGAAGUGGACGUGGCUGAGGAGACCAUUCGUAGCUAUUGCACCGAGGAUACGCCGGCUUUGCUAUCGAAGGUGGCCAGUAACACCAAUCUUUCAGCCAUCUCUAUGAGCUCCAUUGACCCCAAGGACGCACUGGCUGGCCAGGCACAGAUCUACGCGCACCACCUAUCUGACGAUGUAUCCUCAAACGCCUCGGACUGCGGCGGAGCAGCUGGUGUCCUGCUGCAGCAGUGUAUCCGGGAUGGCAUGCAGAAGCCCCUGUCCGAAGCAGCUUCAGAUCCCAUUGCCAUGCUUAGAAGAGGUGGUAACCUUUUGCCCGGCUACCUGCCCUCCGCCGAUGAGAUGAACAAGUUCUUGGUGGAGGACAGCCCCUGCAACUUCUCUGUGGUCUCCGGCCUUUCAAAUCUCACCGUGGGUUCCAGUCUCGUUGGACCAGCCGUGCAGCUCAAGGAGACCGUGUCAACCAGUUUGGAUCCAAAACGCAGAAUUGACCCAAAGCCCGCUGGACAAGACCAAGUCCGAAGACCGCCGCAUUGGCAAGAUGAUUCGCUGAGUUCUCUAUCCAUUGACUCGGAGGAUGAUACCAAUUUACUGAGUCAGGCUAUUGCCGCUGGCUGCAAUAGACCGAAAUCGAAUCUUGGCUUCAGCUCGAACGGCAAGCGCUCCAGCUCGCUGAGCUCCUCGCAGCCGAUAGCCAUCAAUGCGGCCACCUCGGCCAGUUCUCUGAAUUCAGCGAUGACAGUCCGCAAGAACCAGCAGCAGGAGUCGUACAGCUCCGUGGACUCCAGCGACUCCAACGACAACCAGUCCAAGUCGCUCUUCGAACUGUGCAUUCUGAAGGGAAUGUACAAGUCCGCGGAACCCGGAGCUAGAGCCCAGCAGCUGCAGGAGCAACCGAUUGUUGGAGCAUCCUCCACCCAGUCAAAUCCCAAUCUGAAGCAGUUCGAUUCGUUGCCGGUGCAGCUGCCAUCUGGUGGACAGCCCAAGCGGCAGCGUCAUCACCAUCACCACCAUCAUCACAGGGAGCGGGAGCGAGAGCGCAAGGACGAGAAGUUGCUGCAGGAGUGCAUCAAUACGGGCAUCUCCAAGAAGAUCAACACCGUGCCAAAAAACGUCCUGGCUACGUCUGCGGCUGCAUUGGAACCGUGUCACCCAAUGGCAGCUACUACAUCAGCAAGUGCCCACAGCACAGCAGCUCCAGACGUAGAGCAGAAAGCGCACGCCACCAGCAAUCCGCACCAGCAGUCGUCCCCGCACCCGAGCACCCUCAUCCUCCUGAAUCCUAUCGGCGCCAUCGCCACCGUCACCGACACAGCAAGAAGUCUAGCAGCUCCAGAUCGAGGGAGCGGGAACGCGAAUCAGAACGGUCUCGAGACCGCUAUUGGGUCUAAGGACAUGGACUCGGAAGAUCGCUCUAGUGAUGAGUCAAACCAGUCCUUCAUAAUGGAGACCAUGGUCAGGUUGGACACUGCGCCCGACGAAACUUGCAUCUCUGGUGCAAGCGAGAAGCACAAGGAUCCAGACCUAAUGCUCAAGUCAGUGGAGAGACUGACCAUGGAGUUCGUCACCUCGGCGGAGCAGUUGCGCAGUAGCAGCAACAAUCAUAGCAGCAGCAACAGCCACAAGAACACGACCAGUAGCAACAACACCUGGAACGAGCACACCUGUCCUAAUGACGUGAGCUUCCCCAGUGUCAGUCAAACGGCUCCGGUUUUGGCCUCCUUGAGUUUGGAUGAGGAUGUCACAGAGGCGAGGUCCCUGCAUGAGCUGAAAGAGAUUACGCCCACAAAUGAACAGCAGCCGGCAUCGCUAGAAGGCGAAACCGAAACUUUGGUCAAUGGACAUGCCGAGAGCUACUCGGGAUCUUCAUCUGGAGGACUGAACUUCCAGCUGGGUGGACAGGUGCAGAACGCUGGCGUUAGACUGGAGCCCCAAAGGCUGCUGUUCAAUGGAACCAGUGCCUCCAUGAUGACCAACUCCACAAUGAUUGCGUUCGAGGCGCGGGCUUUGGCGGAAAAUCUCCUCCAGCCCGCUGCCAGCGAUGAGGACAACACGGAGAUGACCUUCAGUAUGAACAGUUUGGACCUGGACAAUGUGCGUCCGCCGUCGGGAAUGGAAUCGCUCAACAGCUGCUAUCAGGAGCACUCCCAGCCGAGUUCGCUGCGCCAGCAGUUGCCCAGCAAAAGUCCCAGAUUUGCGCGGAAAAUGUUCCCAGCCAAUUUGGUGGCUCGACGAGCACUGGGUCACUUGGCUGGCAGUGCGGAGAGCGUCAACUCCAGCUGCAACCUGCUGGACAACAUUAAGCCGCCCUCGCUGAUGGACGAGCUGCUGGACUCCAUGAUUAGUGUGGACAGCAUCCAAUCGGAGGUGGCCGAUGGCGAGCAGGACUGCAGCAUGGCCACCACUAUUUCGGUGUCCAACUACGAGACGGCCGCUUGCGAUGAUCAGACCCUGACCGUCCUCCAGAGUUGCUUCGACGAAGACGAAGAUGCCACGAUGAAUGACUACAGCUCUGCGGAGUCCACGCCCAAGCAAGGAUCUACUCCCUCCCCGAAUCGUCGCUCCCUCACUCCGAAACAGAAGAGACGCCUGAGCAAGGAUCGCUACAAGACCUACACCAUAGCGACCAGUUGCGAGAUGGAAUCACUAGAGGUCAAUGAAACCCUGCAGAUAGAGAUUGUGGAGACGGCUGUUCCAUUAGCCACGCCUUCGCCGCGCGCCAACGGCCGGAGGAGGGGCAGUGCCGAGCGAUACAAGACCCAGUUGAUUGAGUGCCCUCGGGCUUUGAUUCAACCCCAACCCGAUGAUUGCCCCAGCGAACAGCUCUCCUCUAUUCGAGCAAUGAUGCAACAGUUUACUUACAUUACAGACAUUAACAUUGGGCAGGGUCAGGAGAGUUGUGAAGUGGCGGAUCCUGCUGGAGAGUUGGAGGAAUCUCCGGAGUGCGAUCAGAACUCGGAGACGGAGUCCUGCGACGGCCAGGAGCCAGCGCAGCUUCCUCCUCCUCCGCCCAUGGUGGAGCUCAAAUCUCCUGCGACUAAGCCCACAACUUUGGAGCCCGCGACGGCCGUAAAACUCGUUCGGGGCCGCAAGAAACCAGCCUAUGUCUCACCUUACAGCAUGCAGAGUCAACGGAAUGGCAACAAUGCCGCCACGGCCAAAAAGAAAACACUAUCGCCGACGAUUGCUAAACGCAGUUUGGUGCCCAAUGGAGCGGGAGCUAGGCUACCAGCCAAAAAGAAGCCAACUCAGCCACCAGAACCCGCUCGCUUGGAACGGCAGGGAACAUUUGUCAAGGACGAGCCCACGAACUCCAAUGUGCAGGUGCCCGUGGUGGAAGCCAAACCGGCUCAAACCAGUCCCGGCCAUCGCGCCUCGAAGCUGCCCACAAAGAAAGCAACGGCGGGCGGAGAUUCACCAUCGAAGGCUGGCUCUCCAAAGAGGAUUGCCCUGGCUCCAGUGCGUAGGGUGACGCCACAAAGAGCCAAUACCAGUCUGCGCUUGGCAGGAGCCAAAUCCACGGCUGCAUCGCGUUCGGUUUCCACACGGGUGUCGGCCACAACGCCGCCAUCCCGCAGCAAUUCCAACCUGAAUGGAAGCAGUGCAGCCGCCGCAGCGGCGGCUAAGAUCAACCAGGCCCAGAGUCGCAUUGCCAACAUCUGGAAGAGAGUGGACGAGGCGAAGACCAAGCAAUCGUCAUCCAACCUUAAGUCGCAGACAACCAAAUCUUCCAAUACGCUCAACGGAAAUGCAGCCAAGCCGGCGCUCCUGCGCAGCUCGACUUUUGAUAAUACCCCCAAUCCCGCGGCAUCAGCAGGAGGAGGAUCAGUGGGAGUCAAAUCCAAGUUGCCAGUGGUGGGAGCGCGGAAAUAAAAGGUGUUUUAGUCAGGAGUCAUAAUCACAAAUUAGCCAAGUCAACGCGAUUUCGAAAAGAGGAGACUGGAACAGGAACAGGACUGUAUUUGACACGCAUUUUUUUGGAACAGAAGACGCACAGGUCCACUUCCACAAGCAGAGCUAGAGUCAGAGGUAAAAUCAAAGAGUUUUUAGGCUAGGAGGCAAUAUACACUAUGUAAUCAAUAUACUACUCUCCUUUUACUUUAUACGUAUACGUAGUCCCUAAACUUUGUAAGCAACCAGUCUAGCAUAGAGUUAGCGCAAACUCCUAGAAACUUCAACUUAUCCAAGUCACAGUCGGAGAAGGAGCCCUUCGGCUCCCGAUCGUGUGUAGCCAAAUUUAUUGCAUAUAUACACUAGAUCAGGCCUUUCAACAUGUGUACAACUCUCUUAUAUAUACAAAAUGUAUACCGGCAUAUAUGUAAUUGAUAUAUAUUCGAUUUGACGCAUUAAUUAGAAAGGGUUCACCAAGUCCAAUAUGUAUUUUCAUUUUACUUUCACACUUAGUUAGAAAGCGUUGCCACAAAACGGGGCAACUACUUAAAUCAAUUGAAGUCGUUUAAUUGCACAUCUGUUUUACGUAACAGACCCGAGGUGAAAUUCUGUUGGGAUUAUAUUUUCUAAGUUUAAUACGCCCCUAGCUUCCUUAUGCAAAAACCAAAUAUUUCGAAGAGAGAAGAAAACCACUUUUUGUAGUCACAGCUUUUUAAGUAUUCUUUUAUAUAAUUUAGCAUACGUAAGGGCAAACGUUUUAGAACACAGCUUUUGUAUUAAGCCAAUCAUUUGCGAGUUAGUUUUUACCGAUUCAACGCGAUUUAAAUUUUUAAUAUUAAUAAAUCGAAAUAUGCUUUUUGUCAGCAAUUAAAAAAUAAAAGAAAUGUGAAAUUUA